UCUUCUAAGGUACUAAAAGUCACAGUGCAGAGUUGGGUCAGACAUAUUCGUGUCAACAAGGACAGGCAGAGACAAUAAGGUACUCUAAGUGUCAUUCACUUUUAGCAAUGAAUGCGGAAGAAUUUCGGAGACAUGGCAGAGAAAUGGUGGAUUAUAUCGCGGACUACUACGAGAAUAUACGAGAUCGUGACGUCAUGCAUCGCGUCAGACCAGGGUAUCUGACGUCAAUGAUGAGAGAGGAAGCACCGGAGGCACCAGAGACGUGGGAGGACAUCUUCAAGGACGUGGAGGACGUCGUGAUGCCUGGGGUCACCCAUUGGCAUAGUCCCCGUUUCCAUGGAUACUUUGCUGCAGGAAGUUCGUAUCCGUCCAUCUUGGGUGACAUGCUGGGUGAUGCAAUCGGCUGCAUUGGCUUCUCAUGGGCGACGAGCCCUUCUUGCACUGAGAUAGAGAUGGUGACAACAGACUGGCUGGGGAAAAUGCUAGAUCUGCCAGAGGAGUUUCUUCAUCAGCAUCACGGACCCGGCGGUGGCGUCAUACAGUCGACGGCGAGUGAGACAGUGUUCCUGUGCCUACUAGCAGCCAGGACCAAGCAGAUCAAUCGCCUGAGGGAACAAAAUCCGAACCUCCAAAACAUGGAAGUUAUAUCAAAACUAGUUGGCUACUCAUCUGAUCAGGCCAACUCCUCUGUCCACCGGGCGGGGCUCCUGGGGGAGGUGAAGAUGAGGAAGCUCCCGUCGGAUGAGAACUACAGUCUUAGGGGGGAGACACUGAAGGCGGCCAUACAGGAAGACAGGGCGAAAGGACUGCUGCCUUUCUUUGUGUGCGCCUCCUUAGGAACAACUGGGACAUGUGCUUUCGACAACCUGGAAGAGAUUGGUCCCAUAUGUCAGGAGGAGGGUAUAUGGCUACACAUUGAUGCUGCUUAUGCCGGGAGUGCCUUCGUCUGUCCCGAGUUCAGGUCUUAUAUGAAGGGUGUCGAGUAUGCCGAAACUUUCAGCAUGAACCCUCACAAAUGGAUGUUAUGCAACUUUGAUCUAUCAGUAAUGUGGAUCAAGGACAGGGCGUUGCUGGUGGACGCCUUCAACGUGGACCCAAUAUACCUCAAACACCAAGACCAGGGCAAGGUGCCCGAUUACAGGCAUUGGCAGAUUCCUCUCGGCAGAAGAUUCCGAUCCCUCAAACUCUGGUUCGUCAUCAGGUCGUAUGGAGUGUCUGGCAUAAGACAGUACAUACGAAAGCACGUGAGUCUUGCUAAAGAGUUCGAGAGUAUGGUGAGCCAAGAUGACCGCUUUGAGAUUGUGGCCGAAGUUAUUAUGGGAUUGGUCUGCUUCCGGUUAAAGGGACCAAAUCGAAUGACAGAACUCCUUCAUGAUGAGAUAGUAACAGACGGCCGGAUAUACAUCAUCCCCGCCAUUGCCAGAGACGUCUACUAUCUGCGAUUGGCUGUAUGCGCACAGGCAACCACUUCCGAUGAUAUAAGGUUCACGUUCAACGUGUUCUUGGAAUGUACAGAACGUGUUCUGGGCAAGUUCAAUGAAAAGAACGGCGUAAACUACAGGCCGAUGAUCGACAUAGACGGACCAUUACCUAAAUAUGUUACACCAACCACCACUGAUGUUGUUGAAGAUCAUACUUCUAAAAAGAUGUAGAGAACUGCUGACACAGGGGAACUUAUAACCACGAAUGGAUGGAUAUGAUGGUGAUGCUGACAUACUAAUCAUAUUGUAAUUGUCAUCCUAAUCCUGUAUGGUGACAGAGCGUCCGCUGUGACAGUGAACAAUUGCAUUGUACAUUACAUAAUGAUCCGGUGUAGAAUUCGUCUUCAGCAACCAGGGCUUGCAAAAGGCGACGAACGGGAUUUUGAUACCUCCGACGUCCUGCUGGGCCUCGUUCCUCAAUGCUACAGUAGCGCUAAGAUGAUCGUACAUACUACAUAGACUUACCACAUUCCCAGCAGUACCAUCGCUUGUGGAACUGGGCCCUGAGCGCGGCGUAAAACAACAAACAUAUAUUCAUUAGUUUUGUUUAGCUUUGUUUGAUUUUACAAUGGACUUAUUAUGACUUCGUCUUUGCAACCAGUCCCUGGAAGAUGUGCCUUUGCAGAAAAAAAAGAAUUCUGAAAUCUUUUAUAUCUUUAUAUCAAAAUAUAUGAUGUAAUGUGCCUUUUUAUGCAAACAAGACUGGUAAUUAAAUGAGAGGUGUAGAUGCUUUGUGAUGCAAACAAGUGGAAAUACUAACCUGCAUCAUACUUGACAUAACAAGCCUCAUCUGUGUAGCAGAAAUGAUCGAAAAUAAAUAUUAUAUGUUAAUGAGAAUUAGAGACUGAUCAGAACAUUUAGUUAAAGGGUUGAGCGAAAUACCACAUUUCUGGUUCAUAGUUAACACAUCAUUUGCAAACAAAACACGUGAUAUAUUUAGAAGGAGCAGUACUAACCCGUACCGUUGAAUUGUCAGCAGAAGUGUCAAAACAUAGAUGUAGAGGUUGGUAAAACCUGGCAGAGAGUUGUUUCAGAAUCUUCCAGGGACUGAUAUUCAUUCCCUUUGAAGACAUGGACCACGUCUCUGUUGUUUCUUUAUUGUUGUUUCUUUGUUGUUUCUUCAAGAGUCGACCGCCUAUGUGGUCUAGUGGUAGAGCAUCCGCCCGGAGAGCGGAAGGUCCGGGGUUCGAUCCCCGGCAAAAAACAGGUUA